AUGGUGGAUAUACAAGAUGAAGAAAGUGAAAGAAAAAUAACCAACUGCCCUCAAAAAGCAGCUGAUAUAGAGAAUGCUGAUAGUUUCUCUAAAACAAGAGUAGAAACUAUCAAGGCCCAAGUAACCGAAGCCAUAGAAGAAGUAAAAAUUUUUCGGGUCAUGGUGAAAAAUUAUUUCCCUGAAGACUCCGACAAAGAAACAGAUACAAUAACCAGAUAUGAAGACAUAGAAUGGGAUGAAUGGGAAGAUAAUGAUGAAAUUAUUGAAGAAGUAGAAUACAAAGAACAGGCAAAUAAUGAAAACGAAGAACUUACAAAUCUGGAACAAAGUCAUCAAAAGCUCUUAGAAGAAUUAGUCCUAGAAACCGGAAGAAUAAUUACUUGGUCCACUACUCAGGAGUAUUGGGAAGAAUGUAUCAACAAAGAUUUUUAUAGCAACAAAGCUCAACCUAUAGACAUCGAUGAAGUUUAUUUGAUCAAUAUACCCAUAUGGGAAGAAUCAGUUAAAGGAGUAGAAUUCGAAAAUGAAGAUUAUGAUAACACAAGCUAUGACUUUUAUAAUACUUACAUCGAUGCCAACCACUACGGAUAA